AUGAGAAAACACAAUGAACGUUCUAUUAAUGCUAGGAUUCAGAGGGAGCAGAAGAAUGAAUAUGCUAGAGAAAGAAUUAGAAGCGAACUAAAGUUAGAUAAUUAUAGUAGGAUACAAAAUAUAUCAGAUGAGAAAGCUGAUAUUAUUAAAAACAAAAGAGAAGAAGAGGAAAAAGAAAAGGAAAAUGCCAAGAGAGAAUAUACUGAAGAAGAUGAAAAUAUAUAUGAUAAGAAUGGAUUUAAUGAUAAUAUGUCUAGAAACGAAUUUGAUGAUAAAAGGAAAUUAAAAGAAGAGAAAAUUAAACAGUGUCAAUUAUUAAAUGAAAAACAACUUGAAGAAAAAGAAAAAGAAGAAAAGAUUCUCAGAGAAAAAGCUAUUGAAUAUACUCUACAAAAUGAAGAAGAAUAUAAAAAACUAAAAGGAAAACUUGAUGAAAUUGCUAUAUUGAAAGACAGAGAAAAUCAAAUAAAAGAAGCUAAUCUUAUAAAGAAUAAAACUAAAAUUGAAGAAGAUAAGAAAAUUAAUAAAGAAUUACAAGAUAUUCUUCUUAAAGAAGAUAAAGAAGAUGAUAUUAAAAAAAAAAUGAAUUAUAAUAAAAUUAUGGAUACAAAAAAAGAAUUACAAGAACAAAUGAAAGAAAACCUAAAAAAAAAAAAAGACAAAUAUACAGACAAUUUAGAUGAUAGAGCUCAUGUAGAACAAAUUGUUAAGAAUUAUCAAGAAGAAGAAAAAAGAAAAAAAGAAGAAGAUUUAUUAAAACAAAAAAAAUUAUUAAAAGAAUUUCAACAACAAAUCGAAUUAAAAAAUAAACAAAAAGAAUUACAAAAACAAAAAGAUAAAGAAGAAGAAUUAAAAAAUCAAGAAUAUAUCAAACAAAAAGAACAAAAAAUGAAAAGCUAUAUACAGAAUAAACAAGAUAAAAAUAUGCAAAAACAAAAAGUUGUUAAUCAAUUAGCAUAUAAAGAAUAUCUAGUUAAUAAAGAAAAAGAAACAUUAGAUGAAUUAUUAAAUAAACUUUAUAUAGAAGAACAUGAUUUUAAAGAAAAACAAAAAGAAUUAAAAGAAAAUGAAAAAAAAUUACAACUUAAAAAUGAUAUGCUGAAACAACUAGAAAAAGAUAUACAACUUAAAGAACAACAAAGAUUAGCAGAAAAACAAGAAGAUGAAAAAAGAAAAAUUCAAUUAUUAGAAGAUAAAAUUAAACUAGAUAAAUUAGAUCAAUAUACUGAUCAAAAGAAAAAAGAAAAAUUAUUAAAAUAUAGAAAAGAAAUAUAUCAAACAUUCCAAGAAAAAAAAGAAGCAAUCAAACAAGAAAGGUUACAAGAACAAAUCGAAAAAGAAAAAUUAAUUGAAGAACAACAAAAAUAUGAACAACUCAUAAAACAAGAAAAACUCAAAUUGUUAGAUAAAUAUAGUGAUGAUAUAUUAGAGCAAUUGCCAGAGGAGAUAUACCAAAAAAUGAAAAGUAAAAAUAUUAUAAUCGAAAAGUAA